AUGUCAAAUACCUCACAGCCAUAUAUGCCAAACGAAUAUGGCGCUGAUUCUAUCAAGGUCUUAAAAGGUCUUGAGGCGGUUAAAAAAAGACCAGGAAUGUAUAUUGGCGAUACUGAUGAUGGGUCAGGAUUACAUCAUAUGAUUUAUGAGGUUGUGGAUAACGCCAUCGAUGAAUCUUUAGCAGGGUAUUGUGAUCUAAUUGAAGUAAUAUUAAAUCCUAAUGGCUCAGUUACGGUACGGGAUAAUGGACGUGGCAUACCGGUAGAUAUUCACGAAGAAGAAGGGAUAUCAGCUGCCGAAGUAAUUAUGACUCAACUACAUGCGGGUGGAAAAUUUGAUCAAAACUCUUAUAAAAUAUCAGGUGGGCUUCAUGGCGUUGGAGUGUCGGUAGUCAGUGCCUUAUCAGAAUGGCUAGAGCUAAGAAUUUGGCGAGAUAAUAAAGAAUAUUUUGUGAAAUUUAAAGAUGGAGUAGCUGAAGCGCCACUGCUACUGCAAGGAGAAGCAUUAGGACCAAAGGGCACAGAAGUUACGUUUUUUCCUUCUAUUACCACUUUUAGCGCAAUUGAAUUCAAUUUUGCUACUAUUGAGCAUAGGCUCAGAGAAUUAGCUUUUUUAAAUUCUGGCGUGAAAAUUUUAUUGAAAGAUUACCGUUUUGCUGAACGCCAAGAAGUAGUAUUUUGCUUUUCGGGCGGAGUGGAAGCGUAUGUAAAAUAUGUGGAUAGAGCAAAAACCUCUUUACAUCAAUGCAUAACUCUUAGUAGCACUAAUACAGACACAGGUAUUACUCUUGAAUUAGCGAUGAAUUGGAAUGAUUCAUAUCAUGAAAAUAUUUUGUGUUUUACUAAUAAUAUCCGGCAACGUGAUGGUGGCACUCAUCUUGUAGCUUUUAAGGCAGCUCUCACCAGGCUCAUUACAGCUUAUAUUGAAAAUACUGGAUAUAAUAAAAAGGCUAAAGUUAAUUUUAUAGGGGAUGAUACAAGGGAAGGGUUAUCAUGUAUUUUAUCCAUAAAAGUACCAGAUCCUAAAUUCUCUUCGCAAACUAAAGAUAAAUUAGUCAGUUCUGAAGUGCGCCCUGCGGUCGAGAAUGCUGUAUAUACUAAAGUGUUAGAAUGGUUCGAAGAACAUCCAAGUGAUGCUAAAAUCAUUAUUAAUAAAGUUAUAGAAGCCGCAAAUGCACGGGAGGCCGCUAAAAAAGCCAGAGAGUUAACUCGCCGCAAAUCUGCUCUUGAAGUUUCAAAUUUACCAGGUAAACUGGCAGACUGCCAAGAAAGAGACCCUGCAGGAGCAGAGCUAUUUAUUGUAGAAGGAGAUUCUGCUGGGGGCACCGCAAAGCAAGGACGAGAUAGGAAAUUUCAAGCAAUUUUACCAUUGCGAGGCAAGAUAUUAAACAUUGAAAGAGCCCGAUUUGAUAAAAUGUUGAAUUCUGAUCAGAUAGGCACAUUAAUCACUGCUCUUGGCACUAGUAUAGGCGAAGAUUUUUCGCUAGUUAAAUUAAGGUAUCAUAAAAUAAUUAUUAUGACUGAUGCAGAUGUAGAUGGAUCGCAUAUUAGAACUCUACUACUUACUUUCUUUUAUAGGCAUAUGAGGCAGUUAAUUGAUAAUGGUUAUUUAUAUAUAGCUCAACCUCCUUUAUAUAAAGUAAAGAAAGGAAAUAAUGAAUUAUACUUAAAAAAUGAGCAAGGUUUACAAGAAUAUUUAAUUAAGUCUACUCUUAACGAUGCGUUUAUUACUCUAAAUGAUGGAACGCAAAUUGUUGGUAAGGAAUUGGAAGGAAUAAUAAAAGGAGUUAUUAAAUUUGUGCAUUUACUUGACCAAGUAAGCAAAAAAUUUAAUAGGCAGCUUGCAGAAUGUUUGACUAUACGCGGUUUAUUAGGAAAGCACAUAUUUGCAGAAAAUACUAGAAACCAAAUUCAUCAAGCUUUAAGUAUUUUAAACCUUGGCGAUUUUGCACCUGAUAAAACAGAUUGGCAGUUUUUAAUUGCUGAAAAUAAUAUAGAAUUCUUUCGUUUUGUACGAGGAGUAAAAGAGAGCAAGUUGCUGUUAAAGGAACAAUUAGACACCCUGGAAUUUACAGGUCUUGCUAAGGCCUUUACUGUUAUUUCAUCUAUAUUUGUUAAUCCUACAAAAUUAUCAAUCAGGAAUCAGGAGCAUGAUAUUAUAUUCCCAAGUAACAUGCUAGACUCUAUUUUAGAAAACGGUAAAAAAGGAAUAACUAUCCAACGUUUUAAAGGGCUUGGAGAAAUGAAUUCUGAGCAGUUAUGGGAAACUACAUUAGAUCAGGCUAAAAGGACAUUAUUACAAGUCAAGGUGCAUGAACAAGAUAGUGCUGAAGUAUUAUUCUCUACCUUAAUGGGAGAUAUUGUAGAACCUCGAAGACAAUUUAUUCAAGAAAACGCCUUGAAUCUCAUGAAUUUAGAUGUGUAG